AUGUAAUUUUAUUUGGAAUUUUAAGUUAAAUGUGAAUGUGGACGGUGGUAAAGUGAUAAAUGCAUUAACAAAAUAGAGAAUCGGCAAUUUUUUACUUGCUUGUACAGUUGUAAGUGGUGGUGUACAAACUGCAAUAUUUUUGUUUUCUGUAUAAUAAAAUCAGACUAUAAAAGAAGCAUUUAUGUCGUUCAUGACUAACAUCAACGAACAAAAUGGCCGCCAGCCUCCUUUACCGCCACCGACACAGACCCCAAAUCGACAAUCUACAGACCAACAAAGUCAGUUUAUGAAUUGUCGCGACUUUAUUUGGGGCAUAUGUACUAAAGGGGCUCAGUGUAGAUUUCGACAUGAAUUAAAUGUGGAAUAUAUGAAAGAAAUCUUGAGGUUUUGUCACGAUUAUCAGAACAAAACAGGUUGCAAUAGACCAGAUUGCACGUAUUUGCAUGCAAGUAGAGAGGAAGAGAACCUCUUUUUAACUGCUGGACAAAUUCCUAGAGCUCUGGCGGAAAGAUAAGCAGCUAUGUCUAACGCGCCUAUGAACGUGUAUGUGAAUGAGAAUAUUUAGUUCAACCACCACCGCCACCUCCGCCGCCCCCGCCGCCCCCGCCGCCUAGUUCCGCGCUGCCACCUCUUCCAGCAUUAUUUGCGCCGCCACCGCCUCCACCACCUCCGCCGCCGCCAACGACAGCUAUUGCGCCUGUUCAGACGACACCUCCCCUAUUCUCAGCUCCACCUGCCUUUAACGGUCCCACAAUGUUUACAACGACACAGCCACCACCACCAUUGCCACAUAUGUUUGAUCCCAGUAGACCUCCUCCACCAUUGCCAACUAAUGCAACUCCUAAUAAAAAUGGUGCUGUCAAAAGAUCUGCCGAGCGUUCUAAUGAGGCCGGUCCAAGCAAAGCCAAGAAAGCGGACUGCGUCAAAGUUGACGGCCACUGCGAAAACUGUAUCCAGCGGGAACUCAGGGCUGAGCUGUACCGCCAGGAGUUGCAGAAGUUGGAGUUUGAAUAUGAAUACCAGUCCUACAUAUUCGAGAAAAUGUCUGCAGAACUACUCAACCAGCUUAACCAAGCGCCUAUGUUUACUUCUGUGAGUGUUUUUCAUAUACAUACACAGUGCCAUGUCCAUCGACCUGAUAAGAAAAGGCGGUUUCAUAGGCGAAAAUGGCACCAGAACCCGCGAAAUUGGCACCAGGAUGCGCGAAAUUUACAUCAGGAUGCGCGAAAUGUCCACCAGGAUGCUCGAAAUUGGCACCCUGGUCCCAAUUUCCAGUAUUCUAGUGACGCGUAUUCUGGUGCGUGGCAAUAAAAAUAUAAUACACUAUAGGAUUUUAAGUAGAUACUCUGGUUUCUUCUUUUUUCUAGCAGAGGAAAAUAUAUCGCAAUUUUUUGUUUGCUUUUUAACAUGACUUAUCAUGGAUAUGGGAAAUAAUAUUUAUAUUUGGCGGCGCUGAUCGCUUACCAUCAGGUGAUUCAGUGGCUAGUUUUGCCACCUAUUCCAUAAAAAAAAUUGCUUUAUUUUAUUUACCUUUAUUUUUUGUUUUUAUACAUUUUUUUAAUGACAAUAACAUCCUAUCUACGUGAAAACUUCUCAUAAUACAUAUUAACCAAGUCGUAUAGUCGAAUAUCAGGUACGUACCUACUGUGUUACUCCUCCAUCUCGAUCAUCAGAUCUACUCUGAUAUAUUAUAAAAUUCUUUACAUUAAUUAAUAAAUAAAUAAAAUUUUAGUGGUUUAAAAUAUACAAUGAAAAAAUUAAUUAACUUUCAAAAGUUAGGGGGUUUUCCCCGGGAUUCCAUCAUUAAAUCUUGAACUGGUAUGACCUGAAUAUGAGAUAGAACCCCUUGUGUAACAUUUCGAACAAAAAAAAGUAUUUUGAUAAUCGAUCCACAUUUGGCGGUAUAGUCGUUGAACACUUAAAUAUCAAUUAUAGGAUAAUUGAUUUUUUAUGUGUACAUGAACCUCGUCAGUCGGCAAAACCAAGAUACAACAAACAAAUGUGUAAUUGACAAUUAUUAUAAUGUCACAAAAUCUUCUUAUUUUUGGAUUAGCUGGAUUAUUUUGAUUUGUAGUUCUUACUAGCGGAGAUACAACUAUCCCCAAAAAUGGAAUGAAAACUAACUAAACUUAAAACCAAAAUAAAGAAAAGUCAUAAUUAUUUAUUUGAAAUAGACUAUGCACAGGCACUUUUGAACGUCAAACUAAAUAUAAUAAUAUUACCAAUGUCUGUCGGUCAGUCCUCUAGGGUAGCUAUUUCAUACGAGUACCGUACAAAAUCAGUUUGAACUUGAACCGUUUUGUGAGUGAGAUUAGUCAUCAGAGAAUAAUUUGUUGAUUUAAAAAAUCUAUUUACAUGGAUACAAUGAAUAGGUAUUCCAUUGCUAGGUAAUUCCCGCCCGAUAAUCGUAUCUUCGAGAAGCUCUCCAUCUAAAUGGACCUUAGUGUCAAUGUCUGUUGUAAUGAAUACUACUUAAAGUAUUAUUUAAGUCCCAUUUUAAGCUCGCAAGUUUAUAAAUUAUAACAUAAUAUCUAUUUUUUUUACUAUCGUUUAUUUUGUUGCUUGCUUACGACACUACAGUGGAUCAUAAAGAAAUGACAAUACCAGAAUCUGACUCAUUCUGUAUAUCAUUGUACAAGAAAUGCAUAAUUAUGAAAAUUCGUCUGUUUCACCAACCACUCCUAAAGCAUCUCUGAACUAAACGUUGAAUAGCGUGAAGUACUGCCUAAACCUACCCCUUAUUGGUACUGUUAAAACAAUUAACUGCCGAAAGUAAACUGUUGAAGGCAAAUUGAACGUCGAAACCACAAGGCCUAAAAGUUUUAAGAGUUAUCCAUUAAUAUGUCAGUAAUGGUUUAGUACAUUUGGCAUUCCUGUACAAUAUAUUAUUUGGUGGGUCAGAGUUCUAUAGCUUCUGGCAUUGUUCUUUAUGCGCCAUGGAAGAAACCAAAGUACUGUUUUAUAUCAGUUUGAUAAAGGACAGAUGUGUAGAAAACAUUCUUUGCGAUACUCAGUGCCGCAAAAAAGGAAUGAUGUGAUGUUGUGUUGAAGCUGUCGGAAAAACUCCUUAAUCUAAACUUUUAUUGAAAAUAAAAGCUAAUGAGAUACUGUAGUCUCUAUAAAAGAUCUUCACAUCCUAACCGACAUUCCACGGAGAUUAAUUGUCGACUUAAUUGUAAUAUCUUUAUUGUGUAUUGUAAUCGAAAAUUAGAAGUUAACAUUCUUAGCAUUAGCAUUAUUUAACAUUACCUUUAAGAAGCUCGAUAGAAAGAGAUGUAGACGAUUUCAACGCUUUCCUAGUUUUAAAGGAAUAUUCUUAAAAAACUUUCGAAUUCCUGGGCGACCUUUGAAUUUGUACAGAUGCGUCCUUAUUUCAGUAUUUAAAUUAAAUCAAAGCUUACGUGAUUUAUUUCUGUCUACAUCGUUAUUCAUUAUAUUCCCGUAAUAAAUCUGUAUUCUUACUGUGAUAACUAAUUAUGGAAAAAACGUAUUUAAUUCGAGAGCAUGCCGACUAUAUAAUGUUAAUGGUCUUAUGAAUAACGGUAAUAAUAAUACCCUUAUAGAUAAUUAUAGCCUAACAUUUCCUAAAUUUAAAAAUGUCAUACACGAUUGUUUGGUUCCUCUCAACAUUUGAGAAUCUUUGGUCAGAUACAACUGUUUUUAAUACUUAAAAAUUGUUUAUUUUUUCAUACAUGUUUAAACACUGUUCUUAACGCGAAUGUAUAGUUUAAGUGUGGAAACUGUAUUGGAUAAAGUAUUGGCUUUUAUUUAAAAUUAAAAUAUUUGCACUACGUAAUCAUAAACAAUAUGUACUUACAGUACUCUCAACGGAUCUUGGCAGGUCUGAACUACGUGCAGAAGGCUGCGCAAUAAGUGUAAAGGGUCAAUUGUACAUAUUUAGAAAUGGUCAAUCUCUAGCCUAGAUCGCCGCCCCCCGCACCUCGCCUCAUGCCACCAUUUGGUUCUAAAAAAGACUUAUUGCGCAGCCUUCUGCACGUAGUUCAGACCUGCCAAGAUCCGUUGAGAGUACUGUACUAUACUAUAACUUAGAAGAAAAAUAAAUUAAAAAAUAAUAAAAUAAAAAUGAUCUCAUUUAGGCGUUGAAGUACUCGUCCGCAUCAUUGUAUUAUAUCAUUGUAUUGUAUUAUAGUGUUGGCUAUGUGAUUGUAAUUAGUUGUCAUAUCAUUAAAAUACCUGUGUGUUUCUCAAAUAAAAUAAAAUAAAAUUUUAGGUAGAUUUGAUUUUGCUUUCCGCGAUCUUAAUUUUACUGCUAGUAUAAAGUGCUUCAGCAUGCUUACAAACUAAAUGGUUUCAUGGUGUAAAGCUCAAAUAACAUUUCCCUACUUAUACGAAUAUCUGGUGUUUUCAUAUACAUAUUACUUAACGUGUCAGGAUCUAUGAUUACCUCAAUGACAAGGACUUUGUUCACUUCGGCACCCCCAGGCCAGUAAUUUGGAGCCUAGAUUGUUCCAAAUCUCGUUACUAAAUCUUCAUUACCUAAUAACCUAUGCAACUUCAAAAUGCCGCAAUGUAAAGUAUUCACUUACGCAGACGACACGGCGAUAGUGUUCAAACUGACUGAAAUAUUUGUGAGUACCUGGAGACAUGACUGUAG